AUUACUACAAAGACAAUAAUCUCUGAUAAUCGCUAAUCAGAGAUUAGAGAUCGUCUUCAGAAUCUCUACAGCGAUGGCUAAUGAAUCUUCUGCGCAUACCAAGCUCGAUUACUACCAAGACAUGUCAAAACUGCAAUCUACUUCAUCUCUCCUUUCCCAUUUUCAGGACGAUGAAGGAAGAUUUGUCUUAACACUAGAAUCAACUAUAUUCCAUCCACAAGGCGGCGGUCAGCCAUUCGACACCGGAUUCAUCGAGUUCCCGACGGCCAGUUCUAUCCCCAAAUUCAUCGUCAACGACGUCCGAUCCAAGGAUGGAAGAGUUUUUCAUUAUGGAACUUUCGAGAAUCUUGAAUCCUUUCCACCAAAGUUGGAAAAUACGAUUGAUGUUUUGCUAACUGUUGAUGAAUCUCGAAGAAAGCUGAAUUCCAGGCUUCAUUUGGCCGGUCAUUUGAUUGAUGUUUGCAUGGAGAACAUAGGUUUAGGUCAUUUAGAACCUGGCAAAGGCCACCAUUAUCCUGAUGGGCCAUUUGUGGAGUACAAAGGCAGCAUUCCGCAAAAUGAAAUUCAACUUAAACAAAAGGAUUUAGAACUAGAAGCUAAUAAAUUGAUUUCUGAAGGAAGAAGAGUCAUUGUCUCGAUUUUACCUUAUGAAGAAGCUGCUGCUCUGUGUGGUGGAUGUCUUCCUAAUUACAUCCCUAAGGAAAGUACUCCCCGGAUUGUAAGAAUUGGUGACUAUCCUGGCUGCCCUUGCGGUGGCACUCAUGUUUCUGACAUAUCGGAGAUCAUGUUCCUUAAGGUUUCUCAGAUUCGGAUCAAGAAGGGGUUGACUAAAGUGUUCUACAAUAUUACACCUUAGAUUGACCUAUUAUGGUGUUAGAACAAUCAAUCUUAUUCUUGAUGAAAUUAAUCAUCUUUCACAAUAUUAACCUGUUUUGGAAACAGGUUUUGAAAUGUGUAACAUAAGUUAAUGUAGUUGAUUCAAACUUUAAACCCUAUUCCACUCACAUUUUGGGCUUA